CCUUGCAGUGCCCAGUCCCCUAAGGCAGAAGGGGAUCCCAGAAUGCACCAUGGACAUGGUUCUGAUCUGUACUCCAAUCUAGAUUGGAAUCAUCACAUGGAUUACCUGGAAGUAAUGAAUGAUGGCUUGAAAUUCUUGGAGGAUGUUGGAGCCAAGCCUCUUGGUGAAGGCGCUGCAGCUCCUCAACCCCCACCCAGGACUGAGCCUCAGAGAGGUGGUGAGGUUACAGGUGUGUCUGCAGGGAGCGCUUCCCCAGAUCUUGAGGUGGUUACUGCACCCAAGCCUGGCUCCCAUCGCAGGGGUCCUCCAAAAAGAAAGACCCAAGAUAAUGGAACCAAAAAGUCUCUAUCAUCAAAUGAUUUCCUGAGACCAACAGAGAAAGAAGUGCAGGGAGGACAAGAUUCAGCCGGCACCACAACUCAUGCUCAGACUAUCUGGGAAAGCAUGAGAAGAAUUUUCAGCCCGGGAACACAUGGUUUGAUUAAGCUAAUGGCCAUUUUGGUUGCUGGAGCCCUUUUUCUGAUGAUGUGCUGUGCUGGAAUCUGGUAUUGCUGGAACAGAAAAGGGAGCACAUCUGCACCUUCAGAAGACCAGCCAAAGACUCCACUCAGCGAGAAGCUGACCUGUCAUCCCCGGUCUUUAAAUCUGUCCCCAUCUGCUGUGCUGCAGCCCCAUUUUGAGGGUGUCCCAAAACCUAUACCUCCAAAGCUAAACCCUAUUCCCCAGACCCCCCUGGAUCUGCUCCCUAGUGUGCAGGAGGUGCCCUGUGUGCCAGGAGCAGAUGGGGCCUCAGCCGCCUCCUCUCUGCUCAGGAGCACCUCUGCACCUUCAGAAGACCUGACAAAGACUUUAGUCAGCGAGCACUUGACCUGUUACCCCUGCGCUUCAGCUCUGUCCCCAUCUGCUUUGCUGCGGGUGCAGCCCCGUUUUGAGGGCGUCAUAAAACCCAAACCUCCAAAGCGAGACCCUCUGCCCCUGAGCCCCCUGGCCCUGCACCCUGGCCAGGACUGAAGGUGGGCAGCCCCUGUCCACCAGAGCAAGCCUUGGCCCAUGUUUUGUGUUUAAAUAUUGGCCCAUGUUUUGUGUUCAAAUAUUGGCCCAUGUUUUGUGUUCAAAUAUUAUCCCAU